GUGACCCGGAUGCUAACCGAGCGGACACGCCGCUUCUUGUCGUGUGUGAAUCUGAACCGACGUGCAACUGAUUUCUGGAGGCUUCGCAGCGGCUCCGCGAUGAGUUGACGGGACAGGAGGAGGAAACGAAUGAUGAAUUAAGUUUUCAUUAAGAUGAGAGAAAUCUGCCUGACAGCAGCAGAGAGGAGUGAACCUGCCUGGAAGGAGGAAAGCUAACCCACGGAUGGCCUGCCAGUCUGUCGCUGCAGUCAUGGACGAGCAGGCCCUGCUGGGGCUCAACCCGAACGCCGAUGCCCGCUACAGGCAGAGGGCCAUGGUAUACUUUGAGCAGCUGAAGGAGUCUCAGGAUGCCUGGGAGGUUUGUGCAGAGGCCCUCGCUAAAGGAAUUUACAAUGACGACCAUGUGAAGUUCUUCUGCUUCCAAGUUCUGGAACAUCAGAUUAAGUUCAGACACGCUGGUCUGAGUGCAGCUCAGCAGCAGCUCAUCAGAGAGACUCUGAUGAAGUGGCUCCAGUGUCAGCUGAUGAAUGCCCACCCUGAGAAGCCAUUCAUCAGGAACAAGGCGGCUCAGGUGUUCGCCCUCACCUUCGUCAUGGAGUAUCUGACUCUGUGGCCCAAGUUCUUCUUCGACAUCCUGUCGCUAGUGGGUUUGAACCCUCACGGCGUUGACAUAUACCUGAGGACGCUCAUGGCCAUCGACGCUGAGGUGGUGGACCGAGACAUCCUCCACUCCCCUGAGGUAAGACUAUGGGAGACCCGUAGAAACACCUUAAUCAAAGACGGCAUGCGGGAGCAGUGCAUCCCCCACCUGGUGGAGUCCUGGUUCCAGAUCCUGCAGACGUACCAGCACUCCCACCCGGAGCUCACCUGUCAGUGUCUGGAGGUGGUGGGAGCCUUCGUGUCCUGGAUCGACCUCAACCUCAUCGCCAACGACCGCUUUGUGAACCUGCUGCUGAGCCAGAUGUCGGUGGAGGAGCUCAGAGAGGAGGCCUGUGACUGCCUGUUUGAAAUCGUCAACAAAGGAAUGGACCCCGUGGAUAAAACCAAGCUGGUGGAGUCGCUGUGCCAAGUUCUGCAGUCUGCUGGGUUCUUCAACGUGGAACAGGAGGAGGACGUGGACUUCCUGGCCAAGUUCUCGCGGCUGGUGAACGGGAUGGGUCAGAGUCUGGUGCUGAGCUGGACCAAACUGGCCAAGACCGGCAAUGUGAAGGACACGGCCGAGGCGCUGCAGGCCGUGGAGUCCAAGGUGCCGCUGCUGCUGCAGCUUCUGGUGCACGAGGACGACGACAUCUCGGCCAACGUCGUCGGCUUCUGCUACGAAUACCUGCACGUGCUCAAACAGGGUCCGUUGAGUAGCUGUUCUGGAGACACACAGCCUUCCUCAGCAGAUCUUCCCCAACUGACAGACCAGCAGAAGACGAACAUAGAGGCCAUCAUGCUCGCUGUCAUGAAGAAGCUGACGUACGACGACGAGUACAACUUUGAAAACGAGGGCGAGGACGAGGCCAUGUUUGUGGAGUACAGGAAGCAGCUGAAGAUGCUGCUGGAUCGUCUGGCGCAGGUGUCUCCUGAGCUGCUGCUGGAGGCCGUGCGACGGGUCUUCACCAACACCAUGCAGAGCUGGCAGACGGCGCCGUUCAUGGAGGUGGAGGUGGCCAUCAGGCUGCUGUACAUGAUGGGCGAGGCCCUGCCAGCAUCUCACGGCGCUCAUUUCACCGGAGACACGGCGAAGACGAGCGCCCUGCAGGACAUGAUGAGGACGCUGGUGUCCUGCGGCGUCAGCAGCUACCAGCACAGCUCCGUGUCUCUGGAGUUCUUCGAGACGGUCGUUCGAUACGAUAAAUUCUUCAUCGUGGAGCCUCAGCACAUCCCAAACGUUCUGAUGGCGUUUCUGGACCAGAGAGGACUGAGACACAACAGCCCAAAGGUCCGCAGCAGGGUGGCCUACCUCUUCUCCAGAUUCGUCAAAACAUUACAUAAACACAUGAAUGCCUUUGUGGAGGACAUCCUGACCCGGAUCCAGGACCUGCUUGAACUGGCUCCUCCUGAGAACGGCUUCCCGGCGCUGCUGACCAGCGACGACCAGCUGUUCAUGUUCGAGACGGCGGGCAUUCUGAUCGUGAACGGAGACAGCCCCGUAGAGAGGAAGCAGGCGCUGAUGAGGAGCCUGCUGCUGCCGCUGCUGGACGCCUUCCGCCUGCUGCUCGCCAAACUGCCGCAGGAGACGGAGGAGGAGCGGAAGGCCGUCCUCGCAGACUGCCUGAGCCACGCUGUCGGGUUCGCCAGUCGGACCAGCAAGGCGUUCAGCAACAAGCAGACGGUGAAGCAGUGCGGCUGUACGGAGGUCUACCGAGACUGCCUGCAGACCUUCCUGCCUGCGCUGAGCUGCCCUGUCCAGCGGGGGGUGCUGCGCAGCUCGGUCCGCUCCUUCCUGCACCGAAUGAUCAUCUGCUUGGAGGAGGAGGUGCUGCCCUUCAUCCCCGCCGCCUCUGAACACAUGCUGAAGGACUGCGAGGCCAAAGAUCUGCAGGAGUUCAUCCCGCUCAUCAGCCAGAUCACCGCCAAGUUCAAGCGGCAGGUGUCUCCCUUCCUGCAGCAGGUCUUCAUGCCGCUGGUGCUCGCCAUCUUCGAGGUGCUGGCCAGGCCGGCGGAGGAGAACGACCAGGCGGCCGCUCUGGAGAAACAGAUGCUGAGGAGGAGCUACUUCACCUUCAUCCAGACCAUCACAGGCAGCGGGAUGAACGAGGUCAUGGCCAACCAGGGAGCGGAGAACAUCGAGCGAGUUGUGUUCACCAUCAUCCAGGGAGCCGUGGACUUCCCCGACCCCGUCGCUCAGAAAACCUGCUUCAUCAUCCUCUCCAAGCUGGUGGAGCUGUGGGGAGGGAAAGACGGCAUGGUGGGUUUCCCCGACUUCAUCUACAAACACAUCGUUCCUGCGUGUUUCCUGGCUCCUCUCAAACCGACCUUUGACCUCUCGGACGCUCAGACGGUCCUGACGCUGUCAGAGUGCGCCGUCACGCUGAAAAUGAUUCAUCUCAAAAGGGGGCCGGAGUUUAUCCAGUUCUUGCAGCAGGAGUAUUUGCCCUCACUUCAGGUGUCACCGGAAAUCUCACAGGAGCUUUGCCAAGUGGUUCAGCAGCCAGACGUCAAAGUCCUGAAAAACUACAUUAAGGCGUUCUUUCAGCGAGCCAAGCUGUAGGAAAUGAAAACUGGAAGUUCACGGGGACUGAAAGGACACUUCACAGGAAGUGGUCGUGCACGCCACUUCACAACAAAACAAAUGGAACUUAGCAUAGGAGCUGCUUUUUGCACUUAAAAAGUGAAUGCGUUACAAAGCCCAGUCUCUCCAAGUCGGGACAGAAGGUCGGUGGACGGACACAACAGCCGCCGCCGAGACGAGCUGUCCACGAGGACUCGACGUGGGACGUAAAGGAGCUCGACUGAUGAUCAGAAAUGGAGUUAAGUGAAGAACUUUUGUGGAAAGUCGUGUGAUGGGAAAUGGCUUUUUGAAGUAAACACAGAUCUGUGGGAGAGGACACGACCUGCCUGAGGAAACAUUUGGUAAUUAUCCCUUAAACGAUCUGAACAUGUCUGUUAGGAUUUGUGAAACGAUAGCUUUAUUCUAGUCAAACCUUCACAUUAGAAACCACAUUUCAAAACAAGCUAGAUUUGAGUUUGUUUGUUUUUUUUGGGGGGGGGGUUGUUGCUGCCACAGAAUUGACAAAAAGGGCUGAAUUGUAUUAUUUUUAUUCAAAAUGUGGCACUGAUUUAUUUUUUUCCUUAUGUGUGGAGGAAUAGAUGGUUGAUUUUAAGUUUGAAGUGAAACGUUAAGUGCUUACAGCCCGGCUCGGCUUUAUAUUUUCCUGAAUUCUCAAUUUAAAAGCAGAUAUUAUCUCAACCACUCUUUUAUAUUUGUUACCUGAUGGGAUGUAGAUAAUCCAGUUUUGGCCCUCUUAUGAUAAAAUUAAAAGAUAAUAAUCCAUGGAAUAUUUUUGUUUCCUAAAAACAUGACCAAUAUGUUGGGCUGUUUUUAAUUUCAGAUGGAAAUGAACAGAAAAUAGAGGAACAAAAUGUAAAUAAGAGAAUAAGAUGUUAAAAAAUGUAAAUAAGUUCCUAGGUUAAGUUUAAAAAGAAUCUUCAUUCCCAUCUGGAAACUAAAUAUGGAAGCCCAUCUCUGCCAGAAAAUUGAAACAAAAGAUUAAAAGUUAGAUACGAUUUAAAAAUACUCCAUAAAAAGUCAGAAUUAUGAGUUUCUAGGUUCAAAAUUAUGACUUGGUAGCUCACUAAUUUGGACCUUUUUUAAAUCUCAUAAUUGUGACUUCUAAAGUCAAAAUUCUCUGUUAAAAUCUCAUUAUUUUGACAUUCCAGUAUUUUUUAUUUGAUUUAUAAUAUUUUUGACUGACACUCAUAAUUAUGACUUAAAGUUUAACUUAAAAUUCCAAGUCUCAAAAUUGCAAUUUAGCAUUAAAUCUUUUUUGAUUUGAUCUUGAAAUCUAAUUUUGAAUAAAAUCCUAAUUUUAAUGACUUGCUAUGAGUAUAUUUAUUUAUCUUUUUUUCCUUCGUAUUUUUCACUUAGCAAAUCUCAUAAGUUUGACUCUGUAUCUCUUAAAAUUAAUUGAUCUCAGAAUGUUUUAGUAAACGGUCAAAAUUUUCAGUUACUAUCUCAUAAUUUGACCUUUGAAAAAUAAUUGUGACACAAAAUUCAAUAUUUUACUGUCUCAUACUGUUGACUUUCAUUUAUAUUUUUAGGAUCUCAAAAUGUUGACUUGUCAGAAUUGAGACGUAAGUCAAAUAUUAUGAUUUUUUUUAAUGUACUAAAUCUCUCAUAAAUUUGACUUAAUUAGAUUAAUUUUAAUUUCAGUGCGGAGAAGCACAACGGACUACCUAACAUUUAAUCUAUUUGUUUUUUCCUUUCUUGGCAGUAAUGAGCUUCCAGAGUAAUACAUAAACUCGUUUAUAGGAAUAAUUCAUGUACAGCUCAUGUAAAAAAACAACAAUGUGCUUGUGUACAGAAGCAGCUCAAUGAAUUUUACAUUGACGCAUUUGUGACAAUUCAGGAUGAUCGACUUAAUUGAUUAUGCAACGCUUUACUGUGAGCAAUACUGUGAAGGAGCUGUCAAACAGUAUCAAACCCAAUCAGUGUAAGAUGAUGAGAAGUGUAAACAUUGUGUCUGACUAUUUUUGCUGAUGUAAAAACACAAAUUCACAUUUAAACCAAGACUCUGUACAGAUAUUUCAGAUGUUCUUUAACACUUUGGAUCUUGUGUCGACCCACAUUGUUCUGUUUGACUGUACAUCUAUCUCAGUUACUGUUUCCACUGUUGAAAUCAAUUUGUGAUGUUCAGUGCAUUCCUUUUAAUUUGGUUUAUCUGAUUAACAGUUUUUCUUUGGGCUUUAAAGUUCUUAUUUCCCAGAAACCUCCCAGAAAAAAGUGCCUGAAACUUGAGUGUUGGCGCUCAAUUAAAUGUGGUCAUGCAGGCAUUUAAAUAAAGCUAGUUUAAAGUCUUAAA